AUGGACGGCGAGGGCGAUAUCUUUGGGGCGAACAAUCGCUUCUUACUAGAAAAUGCCAGUAACUGGCAUACAUGGAAAUUCCAAGUAAAAGUCAUACUAAAGGCGGUGAAUGCCUAUGACUUGGUGGACGGCUUAUUAAAAUGCCCAGAAAAUGACGACACAAAGUUAGCCACGUGGAAGAGACUAGAUGCGAAGGCUCAAGCAGUCAUCGUAGGCAGACUAGAUAGCACAGCUAUGCUGCAUGUACAGAAUUGUGAAACAGCCAAAGAGAUAUGGGACAAAUUAAAUACAAUUUAUGAACAAAAAUCUGAUGUGUCACUCUACAUAUUGCAGCAGCGUUUCUUUGAAGAAAAAUACAACGGUUCAGAAGAUGUAUCAACAUUCAUAGCCAAAAUAGAAGCAAUCGUGACACAAGUAAGGCAAGCAAAAGGUGAGAUUGCUGAAAACAUGAUUGUUACAAAAAUUAUAAGUUCGCUAAGUGAAAACUUUCGACACUUUGUCUCUGCAUGGGACUCCGUUCCAAUAGAGAAGCGAACCCUGUCUGAGUUGACAGCCAGGCUCAUUAUAGAAGAGCAAAGAAACAAAAUGUACCAAGAGAGUGGAAGCAGUAGUUCCACAGCAUUCAAGACUGACACAAAAACAAGAAAGUGCUUUAUCUGCGGUAAAGUGGGGCAUUAUAAAAAGACUGUAAAGCUAAAAAGGUUGAAAACAGCUACAAGUCUGAAAACAUUCCAAAUGUUGGUUCAACAAGGACAAAAAACAAGAAAAUAUAAA